GCGGGGGGAGGCGCCGAGCGGAGCCGAAGCCCGAGCCAGAGCUGCUGGGCACGAGCGCGGAGCCCAGUGGGCCGGCACCAAGUGGCCCUGGGCCGGUGGGGACCGGGGUGUAGGGCUUGGGGCUUGGGGCUUGGGGCCAGCGCAGGUCGGGGCCGUCCGAAACCUACCAUGGACGCGAAAAAGAAAGGGAGCCCCGCGCGGACUCAUUCCAUGAUGUCCCUGUCGGUGAGGCCGCAGCGCCGCCUGCUCAGUGCCCGGGUCAGUAGAAGCCAGUCCUUCGCAGGCGUCCUUGGCAGCCACAAGCGAGGGCCCAGGAGCUUCCCGGUCUUCAGCCCGCCACCGCCAGGGCCCCCACGGAAGGCCCCAGCGCUGUCCCGGGUAUCUAGGAUGUUUGCUGUGGCCCACCCAGCCGCGAAGGUGCCACAGCCAGAGAGGCUGGACCUGGUGUACGCUGCACUUAAGCGGGGCCUGACGGCCUACUUGGAAGUGCACCAACAGGAGCAAGAGAAGCUCCAGGGUCAGAUAAAGGAGUCCAAGAGGAAUUCGAGGCUGGGCUUCCUGUAUGACUUGGACAAGCAAGUCAAGUCCAUUGAACGCUUCCUACGACGACUGGAAUUCCAUGCCAGCAAGAUCGAUGAGCUGUAUGAAGCAUACUGUGUCCAGCGGCGUCUUCGGGAUGGAGCCUACAACAUGGUCCGUGCCUAUAGUACUGGGUCUCAAGGGAGCCGGGAGGCCCGGGACAGCCUGGCUGAGGCCACUCGGAGUCAUCGAGAAUACACAGAGAGCAUGUGUCUGCUGGAGAGCGAGCUGGAGGCACAGCUGGGCGAGUUUCAUCUCCGAAUGAAAGGGCUGGCUGGCUUCGCCAGGCUGUGCGUGGGUGAUCAGUACGAGAUCUGCAUGAAAUAUGGCCGUCAGCGCUGGAAACUACGGGGCCGCAUUGAGGGUAGUGGAAAGCAGGUGUGGGACAGCGAAGAAACUGUCUUUCUUCCUCUGCUCAUGGAAUUCCUGUCCAUCAAGGUGACAGAACUGAAGGGUCUGGCCAACCACGUAGUUGUGGGCAGCGUCUCCUGUGAGACCAAGGACUUGUUCACUGCCCUGCCUCAGGUUGUGGCUGUAGAUAUCAAUGACCUUGGCACCAUCAAGCUCAGCCUGGAAGUUACAUGGAGCCCCUUUGACAAGGAUGAUCAACCUUCAGCCACUUCUACUGUCAACAAAGCCUCCACCGUCACUAAACGCUUCUCUACCUAUAGCCAGAGCCCACCAGACACACCCUCACUUCGGGAGCAGGCCUUCUAUAACAUGUUAAGGCGACAGGAGGAGCUGGAGAAUGGGACAGCAUGGUCCCUGUCAUCCGAAUCUUCAGAUGACUCAUCCAGCCCACAGCUGUCAGGGUCUGCCCGACAUUCAUCAACACCCAGGCCUCUAGUGCAGCAGACUGAGCCUCUGCCCAUCCAAGUUGCCUUCCGCAGGACUGAGGCUCCCAGCUCUGGGCCCAUGGAUGAGGACGGGGCCACAGCCACAGCCCCAGCCCUGGCCAAUGGGCAUGCUCCCUAUAGCCGGACUCUGAGCCACAUCAGUGAGGCCAGUGUGGAUGCUGCCCUGGCUGAGGCUUCAGUGGAGGCUGUGAGCUCACAAACCCUAGCCCGGGGUCGUAGCCCACCUACGCACCCAGAUCCCACCCAUAGGGAACACACUAGUCAUGUUCCCCUUACCCUAGACAUGGGCUGUUCUGCCACAAGCCCCACCCUCAGUACAUCCAGUCCUGCCCUCACAUCUACAGAUGCUGCCCCAUCUGCACAUCUGGACUCAGUUCGUAAGGACAUAGAUUCUGACCCUUCUGAGCCACCAAGCCCCAUCUACGCUACCACAAGCUCCACCUGUAGUACCAUAAGCCCUGUCAACAGUGCUUCAAACCUCACUUCCACUACAAGUUCUACCCAUAAGCCCAUGCCUUUCACCCUCACCACUAGAGGCCCUCUCCCCAGUAGUGCAGGCACAGUCCAGACCACCACUAUUGCCACCCACACUAUUCCAAGCCCCAUUCAUACCACUGUAAGCCCCACCCGCACCACCCCAAGUGCCAGCCACAUUAUUGCAAGCUCUACUCACUCUACCCCCAUCUCCACCCACCCUACUACCCCAAGCCCCAUCUCUACCCACCCUUCUACCCCAAGCCCCACCCAUCCUACCCCAAGCUCCACCCACCCCACCCCAAGCCACACUCACACUAUCUCAAGCCCAACCUACACUACUACAAGCCCUAUGAAAAACACAAGCCCCACCCAUACUACUUCAAGCGCCACUUCUGCUACAAGCCUCACCCAUAAGACCAAGAUAUCAACUCACACCACUACAAGUCCCACCGCCAAUGCUAUAGCCCCAGUCCAAACCACUACAAGCUCCACCCUUACAACUGUAAGCCUUUUGUCUUCUCAGAACCUUCCUGUACUCCCCAGCUCCUCUGUAGCUCCCACCCUCCUAGGCACAGACCCCUUGCCCUGUAGCCAGGCAGACUCCACUCCCUUUACUCAGGCAGACCCUACAACCCCCACCACAUUGUACCCAAGUCCUGUUUGUUCUGAUUGGAAACUCCUCACAAGCCCUGCCCCAGAUCCCCCAGAGCCUAUUAUUCAGAGUCUAAGCCCCCUGCCCUCCCCCUUAGUCCCUGAACCCCAGCAUUCAGAACCUAGCCUGGCCACAGCUGCUCAAGCUUCAGUCAUAGGGGCAGCUGGAGGGGCUGGGGACAAGAGGCUGGAGGAUGCCCUGGGGGCCUUAAUGGCUGCCCUCGAUGACUACCGGGGCCAGUUCCCUGAGCUGCAAGGCCUGGAGCAGGAGGUGACUCGGCUGGAAAGUCUGCUUAUGCAGAGACAAGGCCUGACUCGCAGCCGGGCCUCCAGUCUCAGCAUCACUGUGGAGCAUGCCCUGGAGAGCUUCAGCUUCCUCAAUGAAGAUGAAGAUGAAGACAAUGAUGGUCGUGGAGACAGGCCCCCAAGCAGCUUGGAGGCUGGGGCUGAGGACAGCAUAGACUCACUCAGUGCCCACCCCCUCAGCACGGGGUGUCCAGCUCUGGAUGCUGCCUUGGUCCAGCACCUGUACCACUGCAGUCGCCUCCUGCUGAAACUGGGCACAUUUGGGCCCCUGCGCUGUCAGGAGGCAUGGGCCUUGGAGCGGCUACUGCGGGAAGCCCGAGUGCUUGAGGCAGUGUGUGAGCUCAGCAGGGUAUGGGAGAUCCCUGCCACUUCUGCCCAGGAAGUGGUGCAGUUCUCAGCUUCUAAGCCUGGCUUCCUGAUUUUCUGGGACCAGUGCACAGAGGGCCUCAGCCCCUUCAUCUGCCCUGUGGAGCAGGUGCUCUUCACCUUCUGCAGCCAGUAUGGUGCCCGUCUCUCCAUGCGCCAGCCAGGCUUAGCUGAGGCUGUUUGUGUGAAAUUCCUAGAGGAUGCCCUAGGGCAGAAGCUGCCCAGGAGGCCCCAGCCAGGUCCUGGGGAGCAGCUCACCAUCUUUCAGUUCUGGAGUUACGUGGAAGCCUUGGACAGCACCUCCAUGGAGGCCUAUGUGACUGAGACCGCUGAAGAGGUGUUACUGGUACGGAAUCUGAACUCUGAUGACCAGGCUAUUGUGCUGAAAGCCUUGAGGUUGGCACCUGAGGGACGGCUGCGAAGGGAUGGACUUCGGGCCCUGAGCUCCCUGCUUGUCCAUGGCAACAACAAGGUCAUGGCUGCUGUCAGCACCCAACUCCGGAGCCUGUCACUGGGCCCUGCCUUCCGGGAGAGGGCCCUCCUGUGCUUCCUGGACCAGCUUGAGGAUGAGGAUGUGCAUACUCGUGUGGCUGGCUGCCUCGCCCUGGGCUGCAUCAAGGCUUCUGAAGGCAUUGAGCCCCUGGUGUACCUGUGCCAAACAGACACAGAAGCUGUGAGGGAAGCUGCCCGGCAGAGCCUGCAGCAGUGUGGAGAAGAAGGACAGUCCGCCCAUCGACGACUGGAGGAGUCACUGGAUGCCCUGCCCCGCAUCUUUGGGCCUGGCAGCAUGGCCAGCACAGCAUUCUAAACUCUCCACUGCUGGUUCCCAGGGCCCUUCCCCCAACUUUCAGGGCUCAUCAGGCACUGGCAGGGGGUGAGCGCUGGCUCCAGACACCCCUCCCCACAGAUUCCUAUCAAUGAAAAUCUAAUAUAUUCUGUUGUCCCUGGGGUUGGUAGAGUCAGUGCCUGCAGUCAAGUGCCUCCCAGCCUCGGCUCAGCAUAGCCCUUGACACAGCAGUGUCCAGGGCCAGGCCACCCUGCCUCUGCCUGACCACAUCCCCUGGUUUUGUAUUUUAUUUACAGAGUUUUACAGAAAAUUAAAAAACCAAAAUACCUUUCCUACAUGGCCUGCUGCACUCCUGACCCUCUGCUCUAAA